AUGGCCGACGUUGAAACGGGGGAUCUGUUCAAGGACCCCGAGGGGUUCUACCCCGAGGACAAGCCGCCCACUUUUGCCGAUCACCGCAUGCGCUCCGGACAAAUUGUGCGCGUGCGUCUUGUGGGCAGCCACCCCCUCUACGGCGACUUGCUAUGGAAUGCCGGCCGCACGAGCGCGCACUACAUCGAAGACCAUACCGAUCGGCUUAUCCGAAACAAAGAUGUCCUCGAGAUCGGCGCCGCAGCGGGCGUACCCAGCAUCGUGAGCGCCAUUCAAGGAGCCCGCACCACCGUGAUGACAGAUUAUCCCGACCCGGAUCUGGUGGGCAAUAUGCAGUACAAUGCCGACCUCUCGGCGCAUCUCAUCUCCGAGAGUCCGCAUGCCCAGCGCCGACUCUACGUCGAGGGCUACAAAUGGGGGAGCCCGGUUGAUCCGUUGCUGGAACAUUUGCCCGCAGCUGCCAAUGAUGCACCCCGGCUGUUCGAUGUGCUCAUUAUGGCGGACGUGGUGUAUAGCCACCGCGAGCAUCCCAAUCUCAUCAAAACCAUGCAGCAGACCAUGAAGAAAGACCCAGAGUCGGUGGCGCUGGUUAUUUUCACGCCGUAUGAGCCGUGGCUGUUGCCCAGAACCGAAAAGUUCUUCCCACUGGCGGAGGCAAGCGGAUUUACAGUCACCAAGGUUUUUGAAAAGCUAACGGAGGAAGUCCUUUUUGAAAAUGACCCGGGCGAUGAACGCCUUCGACGAACGGUAUUUGGAUAUGAGAUCCGGUGGGCGCAAGACCAAUUGCACACGGCGUGA